AUGGCGCCUCGCACAGCUCCCGUCCUGUCCCAGCUCGCGGCGCCUUUCGCCCUCCUCCUUCUCCUCCUGGUGCUCGUCCCUCUCCGAUCCUCGCUCGCCCUCGACCUGGGCUUCCCCUCGCUCACUUCGGACUUCCGCCCCCCUCUCGACGUGGCCGGGCGUCCGUCGGAAGGACGCGAGGCGCCACACCAAGGCCUUUGGUCCUACAUCCGACAUCGGCCUCAAAGGAAGCGGCAGCUGGAUGAGCUGAUCCCCGGCCUCCUUCAGCACUACUCGGAGCAGGAGGUGGAGGCCGCCUCCAGGUCUGAGUACAAGGCAGUGCCCUUCCCCAUCGUAUACACGUCUCAGAUGCUCCACCGCGGAAUCAACUGCUCCGCCCUCGACUCCAACCUGCACGAGAACCACAUCAAACCUGAGCUUCAGCUGCGCCCCGACUGGAUCCACAUUUCCGAGCUCAUCGGAGACUGUCCCACCCACUACGUGGCCCGGGAACUGCCCCCCAUGUACUCUCCGGCGGUGGUCCUGGAGGCCGUGUGCACGUGCGAGGGAUCACAGUGCUCCAGGGACGGACACCAAUGCGUGCCAGUGACCCGCCACAUCCCCGUGUGGGUUCGUCGAGGACCCAACAUCCACGUGUUAGACGUGGAAGAACUGGCAGUGGCGUGCGCCUGCGUCAGGAGGCCCAGCGUCGGAGGGAACUUCGUCUUCAGCCCCGCCGUCCACAGUUAGGACCUGAUCCCGGCCCGCAACACUCAGCCUUCGACCGACCGGAUCCUGUUAUCAUAAACAUCUUUCCACAUCUUGAACUGCACUGAUAACGAAAUGUAUUUUCAUUACUUUGUGCUGAAGCACUUCACUGAAGGAAAUAUGUAAAUUUAUUUUUUUAUUAUGUAAACGUAAAGCAGCAUUUGACGACACUAUGUUAACGUAAAUAAGGUCCAUAAUUCGUGCUUAAACCUUUGCGAAUAUAAUGUAUUCCCAAAUG